UUAGGGAAACCGUCAUUUUCCUACUCGCCCUCUGAAAUCAGCCACCUUCUCUGUAGCUACAGUUUCUCUGCACUCAAAUUAAUCCCUGGCGAUGAAAAAUGAGCCUUCCCCCCACCCCUGCUGCCGCCUUUCGCCUCACGCCCCCAGAGAAGAGUUUCUUCGCAAGGCAGCCGGUGAAGGUUUUUUUCCAAGUCACAUGAUCCAGGAUGCAGGGGAGAAUCCUUCUUGGAACCGAGAUGGGCCCAGAACCGAAUUAGAUGAGGAGAGAUAAGGUGUGAUGUGGGGAAGACUAUAUAAGAAUGGAGCCGGGGCUGCAGCAAGCAUUCAACCGAAUGGCCCCUGCUCAAGACACAGCCAUGCAUGUGCCAGCGGGUUCUGUCGCCAGCCACCUGGGAACCACUAGCCGCAGUUACGUCUACUUCACCAUGGCCACGCUGGCUCUGUGUCUCGUCUUUGCUGUGGCAACCAUUAUGGUGUUGGUAGUUCAAAAGACGGACUCCAUUUCCACCCCAACGGGCCAAUUUUCCCUUAAAGGAGGAAAUUGCUCAGAAGGCAUCUCCUGUAUCCUGAAAAGGGCUCCAUUCAAGAAGUCAUGGGCCUACCUCCAAGCAUCAAAGCAUAUAAAUAAAUCCACGUUGUCUUGGAACAAAGAUGGCAUUGUCCAUGGAGUCACACAUCAGGAUGGGAAUGUGGUGAUCCAGUUCCCAGGUUGGUACUUCAUUAUUUGCCAACUGCAGUUCCUGGUGAAAUGCACGGGACAUUCUGUCGACCUAAAGGUGGAACUUCUCAUCAACGAUGUUGUCAAAAAGCAGACGCUGGUGACAGUGUGUGAGUCUGGAGUGCAAACCAAAGACAUAUACCAGAAUCUCUCUCAGUUCCUGCUGGAGCGCCUGCAGGUCAACACCACCAUAUCGGUCAGGGUGAAUCAUUUCCAGUAUGUGGAUACAAACACCUUUCCUCUGGAAAAUGUAUUGUCCAUCUUCUUAUACAGUAGUUCAGACUGAACUCUUUCUCCCGGCCUUCAGGAAGAAAGCAACUCUCCGCCAUCCAGUACUUUAUCCAUCCAACACGUGGGCAGAAUGAAAACUUUACACCAAGACUGAAACCACAAAGGGUAUUAAAUAGCAUGCUUCUCCUUCUGUCUCUUGGGGAGAUACAGCUCCAGGGUUAAAAAGCGGGUUUUUGAGUGAAGUAUCUUCCAGAGAGAAGGCAGGGAAGCAAUGUGGUGCGGUGGACAGAGCCCCACACGGGAAUCAGAAGGCAUGGAUUUAUGCCUCGGCCCAACCACUAACUCGCUGUAUGACCUGGAGCUAUUCCGUUUCCCUCCCUGGAACUCAGGAACCACAUCUGAAAAAUGAAGGCGCUGGAUCUGAAUUCUCUCCAAAGCCUCUUUUCAUCUCAGAGAAAACCAGGCUCUCUCAUCACAGACCUGGCAGUGUCCUGGAAACCCCCAACCAAAGGAAAGGCCUCCACGCCCGUAUAAAAGCAAUGGCACUAGUAGCAUCUGGCUGCAUGUCACCUCAGCAGAGUUAGAAUUUGAGGACAAGGUUCAGGACAUCUUGCCAAAUGGUGUGAGCUGUAGGACCUAAAAUGUGUAAAAGUAAGGACCGCCAAACUGACCAUCCCAAACCUAAGAGGCCUUCUGGGUAUUUGGAAAACCAUCUGACCAGGCUUGACUCCAUUCCAGUUAAGAUUGACAAUAAAUCAACAACAGACAGUUUCAUUCAGCAAAUACUCAAAUCAAUGUGUGGCGAUCGAGGUGAUGCGGUCAUUUGGCCAGGGCAUAGCUGCUACCAUCUCCCACGUGAUCUCUUUCCGUUCCCUGAUUCAAACUCCUCUCAGGAAACCAUUUCGGUGGAGGGUUUUUAAGGACCCACAAAAUUGUUGCUAGACAAUGAUGCCCCUGAAAAUGGUGACAAGAACUGAGCAAUGGCAACCUCCUCUCCUGACACGGGGAGCCAGGAGAUUUCUCUAGCUGCAUCAACCUUUACAUCUGUCCAUCAUCUUGGAAGGAGCAUCUUAUCUGUUUGAAAGGAACACUGGACUUGAAGUGUAAGCCCCUGCGGUUAUAUGCCUCAGAAAAAAAAUGGGCCCAUACCUGCUAUGCAAAAGAAUGGAGCAAAAUCUGAAUUCUUCUCAAGAAGAAGGAGAGAAAAGGAAGGAGUAGGAAUUCAGGAAAGAUUGUUGGAGAGAGACUAAAUGAGAUUUAAAACAAGAGAAAAACAGCAGCAGUGGUAUGGAUGAGAGAGAUUUGCUAGAACAAAAAUGACUGAGGGAAAAUUUUAAGUCAUUUGCCGAGCAAUGUGUUAUGUCAACUCCUCCUCGGUCAAUGAAAUAUUCAGUAAAGUCUAGAUUUCUCUUUAACACUUUCUGUGAGUAGAUUCUUUGGGAGCAGGGGGCAUUGAAAGAGUUGUUGAACUCAGCAAGCCAAGUGGUACACAGUAAAAACAUAGUUUGGAGGACCCAAAGCUAGAGAAUGAGGAGACAUCUGGCAUGAGUUAUACCCUAACUCUACAGGAUAAAUGAAUUUUGCCUGAAACUGACUCAUGCAUUGUUGAAAAGGUAUUUGCAACCUAAGCAUGCAUAAGCUAAGCACACUUUCUUUUUCUUUUCACGUUUUUUUAAAUUAAAUUUAUU